AUGCUCGACACGGGUACAAACGAGCAGAUGCUCGACACGGUUGUGUACGGUCGUGACCCACCACCCUUGGCAGGCUACGAGUUGAGCACGACCCCUAUUCAGGAGCUUGACGAGCACUUAGCUACAAGAGACGAGUUAAUGCAGGAGCUCAUAACCCAUUUACAUAUUGCAGCUAAUCCGAUGAAGCAGGAAGCAAAUGGAAAGCAUCGGGACAUUACCUUUCAGGUUGCCGAUUGGGUCUUUCAUCAACUACAACCUUAUGUUUUUGAUGUCUCACUGUUGAAGCAAAGGCUGGGCUCAGAGACACCAACAUCAGGUACAUUACCUCUGAUGAGAAAAAAUGGACGCUUGCACCUCAUUCUGGACAAGAUAUUGGAUGUCAGGGAGGUUCACACGAAUGGUUCACUGAAAAAGGAAGCUCUGGUACUCUGGCGAGGACUUUCGGAUGCAAACACAACUUGGGAGGAUGUAACUCAACUCAGCUUCAACAAAGCUUUCUUUACUUGGAGCUUGAGGACAAGCUUCUUUUCGACGACAGGGGAGUAA